AGCCAGCAGGCUAGGGUGUCGCUCCGCUCAGUGUUUGGACAAGUUUACCGUGAGCGCUCAGCAUGGAGGAGCAGGAGAGCAGCGAGUAGACAGACGCAUCAGUCACAAAGUUUGAUUUCACUCUUUACUGCCGUCUCUGGGGGGCUCCCCCCCCCCUCCAGACGGGACUUUUCUGUGUUUAUUUUUUAUGUUGUAUUUUAAUGGAAACUUCCACGUGAUAACUCGGGAUAACUGCGAAUACACUUGUUAAAAAGAAACAACCGAAAAUGAGCGGCCUGCCCUUUGACGACCCGUCGCUGGACCACCUGGACCCCAGCCUGUCUCUUCAUGAGCCCAGUGAGAUCGACACCGCGCUGCUCAGCGACAUCGACGACAUGCUGCAGCUCAUCAACAGCCAGGACAUGGAGUUCCCCGGCCUGUUCGACCAUCCCCCUUUCGGCGCGGGGGGUCCCCUGCAGGACGCCCCUGUCCUCGCCCACUCCGCCCCCUCCUCCUCCUCCUCUUCCUCUCUGCUGGGCCCGGGCAGCACCCCGCACCUCGACGCCUUGCUGGGACCUCCCGCCAAGCAGCCCCCCCCUUCUGCGGCGAAGCUGUACCCGCCCCCGUCCCAGCAGCCUCAGCUGGCCGCCCCCUUCGCCCAGAGCAGUCUUCCGGCCCCGCCAGCGCCCCCGCCUGCGCCGCUGCAGGACAGCAAGCCCCCCACCCCGCAGCCCUCGCCCCCCCCAAAACAGCAGCAGCAGCAGCAGCAGCAGCCUCUACAGCCCCAGACCCAGGCAGCGGCGCCCCCUCCGUCCGCCGUGAGGACCCCGAGUCUCGGCUCCAGCCAGCCGGUGCUCUUCAGCUCGCCACCCGCCCCAGGCUACCAGAGUCCGGCCGGGUAUGCAGCCGGGCCGCAGGUGUGCUCCACCCAGCCCAGCCUCCCCGCCUCCCCCCAGCAGAUCCAGCCAAUGGCCAUCCAGACUCAGGUCCAGAGCCUGCCCGCUCCGCAGCUAUUGGCCGCCACCGCGAGCCCGCCCACGCAGACCAUCUCCCACCAGGUGCACCAGGUCCCGGUCAGCACGGUCCUGCUGCAGCCCCAGUUCAUCAAGGCGGACUCUCUGCUGCUGACAGCCCUGAAGCCGGACGCUGGCUCGGUGGUCACAGCAGUGAAGACCCCCUGCAUGACCACUCUGGCCAGCUCCACCACGCCUGUGCAGACCACCUCCAUACAGGCUCUGGUGAGCGGCGGCACCAUCCUGACCACCGUGCCAGUGAUGCUGGACACCGACAAGCUCCCCAUCAACCGCAUCGUGGCCAACGGCAAGCCCUGCGGCCUGCCCAGCAAGGGCGAGAAGCGGACGGCGCACAACGCCAUCGAGAAGCGCUACCGCUCCUCCAUCAACGACAAGAUCAUCGAGCUCAAGGACCUGGUGGCUGGAACAGAGGCCAAGCUCAACAAGUCGGCGGUGCUGAGAAAGGCCAUCGACUACAUCCGCUUCCUGCAGCAGUCCAACCAGAAGCUGAAGCAGGAGAACAUGGCGCUGAAGAUGGCGGCGCAGCAGAACAAGACGCUGAAGGACCUGGUGGCCGGGGUGCCGAUGGAGGUGGACGGCGUGAGCGGCGAGCUGAAGGCCGAGGCCGUGGAGCUGCCCACCCCGCCACCCUCCGACGCCGGCUCGCCCUCCCACAGCAGCCCCUUCUCCCAGUGCGCCAGCGACUCCGAGCCCGACAGCCCCAUGUUCGAGGACAGCAAGGCGCCGGUCAAGCAGGAGCUGCCCUCUCCUGGCAGCGUGGGCAUGCUGGACCGCUCUCGUCUGGCCCUGUGUGCCUUCACCUUCCUCUUCCUGUCCCUCAACCCGCUGGCGGCCCUGCUGGGCGGCACAGGCGGCGGCUCGAGCCCCUCGGAGCGCGCGGCCCCCUCCAGCCCCGGCCGCAGCAUGCUCAGCGUGGACAGCGCAGAGCUCCCCGGCUGGCUGGACUGGCUGCUGCCCACUCUGUUCCUCUGGCUGCUCAACGGUGCUUUGGUGGCUGCGGUUCUGAUCCGGCUGCUGGUGUACGGCGAGCCAGUGACCCGGCUGCACUCAGACUCCUCGGUGCUGUUCUGGAGACACCGGAAGCAGGCUGACCUGGACCUGGCUCGGGGCGAUUUUGCUCAGGCCUCCCAGAACCUGUGGACGUGCCUGAAGGCGCUGGGCCGCCCCCUGCCCACCUCCCAGCUGGACCUGGCCUGCGCGGUGCUGUGGGCGCUGCUCCGGCUGUGCCUGCAGAGGCUGUGGGUGGGCCGCUGGCUGGCGGGGCGCGCGGGGGGCCUGCGCAGAGAUCGCCCCCUGCAGGACGAUGCCAAGAAGAGCAGCCGAGACGCAGCCCUGGUUUACCAUCGCCUGCACCAGCUUCACAUGACAGGCAAACUGGGGGGCAGCCAGCUGUCGGCUGUCCACAUGGCCCUGAGCGCCGUCAACCUGGCCGAGUGCGCAGGGGACAACCUGUCCAUCGCCACGCUGGCGGAGAUCUAUGUGUCCACAGCCCUGAGGGUCAAAGUCAGCCUUCCCCGAGCCCUGCACUUCAGCAUGCGGGUGUUCCUGAGCAGCGCGCGGCAGCUGUGCCUGGCCCCCUGCGGCACCGUGCCCCCGGCCAUGCAGUGGCUGUGUCACCCGCUGGGCCACCGCUUCUUCGUGGACGGAGACUGGUCGGUGCGCAGCUCCCCGCGGGAGAGCGUCUACAGCCAGGCGGGGAACACAGUGGACCCUCUGGCUCAGGUGACCCAGGCGUUUCGGGAGCACCUGCUGGAGAAGGCGCUGUACUGCGUGGCCCAGCCGCAGGGCGAGAAGGCGCUGGCGGCAGGCGAGGGGGAGCACGCGGACGCCCUGGAGUACCUCCAGCUGCUGAACAGCUGUUCCGAUGCAGCAGGCGCCACGGCGCAGUCCUUCGCCAUCGGCUCCAACACGGCGGCGCUGACCGGCUGUGACCCCCAGGCGAGGUGGUGGUCGGCGGUGGUGGUCGUGGUGGUGAACUGGCUGCAGGGCGACGACGCUGCGGCUGAGAGGCUGUACCCCGCCGUGGAGCACCUUCCCAAGAGCCUGCAGAGUGCCGAGAGCCCCCUGCCCAGAGCAGCGUUGUGUGCUUUUAGAGCAGUCCGCGCCCAGCUGGCCAAACCCGAGAACUGCCAGAUGACGCUCAGUCACUGUGAGAGAGCCAGCAGCCUCCUGAGGGACAGCCUGCACCUGGGACCCCACUGCCACAGCAGCAACAUUGACAAGGCUGUCCAGCUGCUACUGUGUGACCUGCUCCUGGUCACGAGGACGCAGGUGUGGCAGCAGCAGAGGGGGGCCGCAGGGGGGGCCCUGCAGGCCACGCCCCCGGAGCUGCAGGGCUUCCAGCAGGACCUGAGCAGCUUGAGGAAGCUGGCACAGAGCUUCAGACCCGCCAUGCGCAGGCUGUUCCUGCACGAGGCCACGGCCCGCCUGAUGGCCGGCGCCAGCCCCACACGCACCCACCAGCUCCUGGACCGCAGCCUGCGGCGCCGGGCAACGCCGGGCAGCAGGACAGAGGAGUGCGAGACGCGGCCGGGACAGCGAGAGCAGGUGGAGGCGGUGAUGCUGGCGUGCCGCUACCUGCCCCCCUCCUUCCUGUCGGCGCCGGGGCAGCGUGUGGGCAUGCUGGCGGACGCCGCGCGCACGCUGGAGAAGCUGGGCGACAAGCGCACGCUGCACGACUGCCAGCAGAUGAUCAUCAGGCUGGGCAGCGGCACCACCGUCACCUCCAGCUAGGGCCCGCCGCGCCGCGCCGGGGCCCGAAACAGCCCUGCCCCUCCGCCGCCCCGCCCUCUUCUCAGCUCUACAGCCAGACGGGGGCUUGGGGGGGUUGCUGUUGUAAAAUUAUUUAUUUUUUUCCCCCUUUGAAGUUCAAAGCUGGUUUUCCCUUUGUGAGAGAUCAGCUGCAGUGACAGCGUCCGGCCACUGUGUGGCGUGUGGAGGCCCCCCCAGCGCGCUGCAAGGGCCAGGAGAGUGACCAGCGUUCCACGGGCCGUGCAAACUGUCAGCCCCCCUUCCCCCCUUUAUCAGCUGGCUAAGGGUGGGGCUGGAGGGCUCUCGCCCCCUUGCUAAUCCGGGCCGGCUCUGCUUCGGUUGCUCAGUGGGCACUGGUGUGACUGUGGAGACGCUGGUGGUGCCGUACGGCCCUCGCAGAGCAG